AUGCAAGCGCCAGACGCUAAGAAUAAGUUCGAUUAUACCGAUGAGGUCUUGGAGAUAAUCAGAGGCCAAGAUGUUUCUGAUGAGUCAAUUAAACAAAAGCUACGGGGGAUUUUUACUAAGAUCAUCGCUGAUGUAGAGGCUGACGGAGAUAAUCUUAUGGCGGAAUAUGAAAAAGUAAUAAAGGAAGAAGAGGAGGCGCAGGCGAGUGCAGAAGCGAAAGCGAAGGCAGAAAGUGCUGAAGCUAAGGGAAAACGAGAGGCAAGAGCCGAGAGAAGAUUAAUUCAUGAAGAUACCGAGGCUGCCGUGGAGAUUAUGCGUACUAUACAUCAAACAACUGCGCCUCUUCGUCAUAAUAAAUGGCGGAAGCCUAACGCAGGGUUCACAAACAAAAAUAUCAGAAUCAUAGGCAAGAUCGGUCAGGGCGGUUUUGGAGCAGUAUACCUUAUUGAGAAUAUUGAGACUAAGGUUCAGUAUGCGAUGAAGACUCAGCUUAAGCGAGAAAAUGACGAUGAGCCAAUGAUGACACCCCCAGCGUGGAGGGGAGCCGAAACUCCUCCUGUCACACCUUCUUCUGAGGCUUCGAAGAGAUCUGCAAAAGCUAUGAAAGAACGGCAUUUAAUAACUAAACGGUUCAAUGAAACUAAAUGUUAUUUGCAGUACAUACGUUCUAGUCAUCCUUCUAUCUGCAACUUGGAAGCCUUUUUCGACUUAGAACAACCAGAAGAUAACGGCCACUGCCAUAUCUUUGAGUAUUGUCAAUGGGGGAAUUUGGAAAAUAUUGUGAAGCAGUACUAUGAUACACCACGCUGGGGCACAGGAGAGCCCGAGGGUUCUAUAUGGACUCACAAACCAAAAGAUAUGCCAACAAUAUACAAGCACGCAGCAAUACCAGAAGCGUUCAUUUGGCAUGUCUAUAUGCAGACAACGGACGCUCUUAGUUUCCUUCAUGGUGACCACGAACUCAAUAAGAAACCAGAAUUUCACUCACGCAAUCAAGUUAUUGUCCUUGAUAUCAAAUUGGACAACAUUUUUUUGAAAAACUCCGGGAAAGCAAACACAUAUCCAACUGUAAAAAUUGGAGAUUUUGGAGAAGCUACCUAUGUGCCAUAUGGAGAGCUCCGCUGGCAUGACACGGGAAACACGGUGUGCGUAGCGCCCGAGGAACCUUAUUUAAGUGCCAAAUAUGACGUUUGGUGUGUCGGAAUGUCAUUGUACAUUUUGUCGCACUCAGGUAGACGACCAAAGAGAACUGAAGUAGACGGAAAGGAAGAUAAAAAGGAUAAGCCGAAUUGGGGUCUAUGCGAUCCACAUCUUUCUAAAGUUUUGGCUAAAGAGCUUGAAAAGCCAAGAGAAAUGGAAGUAGAAAAGAGAUUGACUGCAGCUCAAAUCUUAGACCAUAUCAGACCAAUAGCUGAAGAAACGAUACGUUUGACGUAUAGACCUUUGCAAAAUUGGGCAAGACCUGAGUUACAGGUAAUAUUUGAGGAAGGUAUUAUUGAACGGGUUGAAGAGGGAGGAGCACUCAGUGAUAUUACAGAAAGUGAAGAAGAAGAAGAAGAAGAAGAUGUUGAUGACGACGACGAUGAUGAUGAUGAUGAUGAUGAUGAUGAUAAUGAUGAUGACGAUGAUGAUGAUGAGGACGAAGGCGGUGUUACUGGCAAUGAACCUUCUGGAGGAGGGGAAGUGGGAGCUGUUGGUGGGGUAGGAGAAGAAGUGGAAAUUCGACCCCCGCGCCCACCUGGUACUCUAGACCCCGGGGAAAAUAAAACUGAAGAGCAGUUAGCCAAGGAGCGGCUGGCCAAGGAGCGAUUGAGAAGACAACAAGAAGAGGAGCUGAGAAGACAACAACAAGACGAGUUGACAAGACAACAAGAAGAGAAGCUUAGAAGACAACAACAAGAAGAGAAGCUGAGAAGACAACAACAAGACGAGUUGAUAAGACAACAAGAAGAGGAGUUGGGAAGACAACAAGAAGAGGAGUCGAGAAGACAACAAGAAGAGGAGCUGAGAAGACGACAAGAAGAAGAGUUGAAAAGACGACAAAAAGAGGAGUUAAGAAGACAACAAGAAGACAAGUUGAUAAAACAACAAGAAGAGGAGUUGAGAAGACAACAAGAAGAGGGUCAACCAGAAGAAAUUACAUCACUCGCGCCGCCCCGAAAGAGGCGAUUGAUUAGAUGCAGAAAACUCCGAGCUUACCGGGAAUGA